GUUGGGUCACUGCUUUGUUCAAAAGGUACUGCUUCUGUUUCUCCCAAAAGAAUCAUGGCUGAGUCUAGUUUCCCUUUACCGCCAGAAGCGAUUUGCCCUCUUUGUGAGGAUGGACAAAGAGACCCGGUCACCAUCCCAUGUGGGGACACUUACUGUUUGGAAUGUAUCAAGAUUUACUGGGAUCAGUUUGACCACAUGGGAGUGUACAGCUGCCCCCAGUGUAGAGCCACCUUCACGCCAAGGCCCGUGCUGAAACGCAAUCUACCGGAAGUCUACUUGGAGCCCCGCCGCUUGUUUCAAGAGCUCAUGCCUUUCCCCUACAUGCACAAGGAGUCCUUUUGUGAUUUCUGCGUGGGUCGGCGCAACAAGGCGGUGAAAUCCUGCCUCGUGUGCCUGGCGUACUAUUGUGAAACGCACGUGAAGCCGCAUUACGAGUCGUCUACCUUCAAGCGGCACAAGUUGGUGGACGAAACUGGCCACCUGGACAGGAAGAUCUGCCCACAGCACGAGAAGGGCUUAGAGCUGUUCUGCCGCUCGGAUCAAAUGUGCAUAUGUGUCUUGUGUACUGUUCGAGAGCACCGCAGCCACAACAUCACCUCUGCAGAGGAGGAACGUAUCGAGAAGCAGAAGGUGCUGGUGGUGACACAGUCUGAGGUUCAACACAUCAUUCAGGACAGGAUGAAAGAGCUACAGGAGCUCAAACACAAUGUGAAUGUUCUCAAAAGCAGUGCCCAGCGAGCCCAGACCGAGAGUGAUAAGACUUUCCACGAGAUGCUGCAGGCGGUGGAGCGCUGGAAGGCUGAAAUCCAUCAGUUGAUUACAGCCAACAUGCAGGCAGCUAUGUCACAAGCUGACGGCUAUGUGGAGCGUCUGGAACAAGAGAUACUCGAGCUGCAGCGAAGAGAUGCUGAGCUGAGGCACAUUCUGGAAACAGAAGACAACAUUCACUUUCUGCAGAAUUUUCCAACCCUGUGUGUUGCCCCGGAAGCCAUGGUACCCAAAGUGCUCAUCAAUCCCCAGUUUGCGUUCAGCGAGAUGAGCAAAACAGCCUCAGAAAUGAAGGAACAUCUGGAUGAUAUCUGUAAAAAUGAACUCAUUAAAAUCUCCAAAACAGUAGGGGAAACACCUGUGUACAUCCUUUUCCCAAGAAAUGGAGACAAACGGCUCACAGUCCCAAACGGAAUGGAUGUCCAGGAGCCAAAAACAAGAUCAGACUUCUUGAAAUACUUCAAGAAGAUGACAUUCGAUCCAAAUACAACCUAUAAGGAGCUGGUCUUGUCAGAUGGGUACCAGAGGGUCACCAGAAAAAAAACAAUUCAGUUUUAUCCCGAUCAUCCCGAGCGCUUCGAUGGCUUCUCCCAAGUGCUGUGCAAGGAGCCGCUUACAGGUUUCAGAUUUUACUGGGAAGCCGAGUGGAGCGGCGAGUUUUCCCUCGGAGUGGCCUAUAAAAGCAUCAGUCGAAAGGGGAAAAACUCUCACAGUCUGCUGGGUUAUAACAGCAAGUCCUGGAGUCUGCUCUGCUCGGACUCCGGAUAUUCUGCCUGGCACAACAAAGCGGACCGUGACCUUGCAGGUGCUCCUCAGGCGUCACGAAUUGGGGUCUACCUGGAUUACGCUGGCAACACUUUGGCAUUUUACGCCGUCUCAGAAAGAAUGGAACUCAUCCAUCGAUUUAAAGCUCAGUUCAGCGAGCCAUUGUACGCAGGCUUUGGUGUGGGCUCCUCAGUUACACUUUCUCAACUUAAACAUAAUCCUACAUCUUAGCAAGAUACCAAAAUAUUCAUUUGAUAUUGGGCAGCGCCUGCUGUUUUAUUGUUGAGGUGUAUAAAUAUAAAUAAAAGAUAAAAGUCGUGAGCCGGGGAUCAGAUAAAUAAUUAAGUACGCGAGAUGCAACUGAUGUGGUAAACAGACUAGUUGAUUGGGCGACGAGGUGGUGGCGUCCGCUGGCUUAUGAAGAUGGCUGAUUGUCAUUGCCAGCAGCUGUGGCCGCUCCACCCGUCUGGCGUCCAACCUGCAAAUCAAUAAAAACACUCACACCUGCCCAAGGUGGGCCAGGGCUCAGGAGGGAGGGGCUGAGGCCCUAACAACCAUUCACAGCCAGUCUUCCUGGUAAAUGAAUUGCAUGUCUAUCGCCAUCAAUAAAAUGCAAAAAUAAUAAUUCCACUUCUACUUCAAUAACUAGUUUUAUUUGAGUGUAUAAUUUAGCUUGUAUUUAUUUCAAUUUCGUUAAUUCAUUUCUUAUUAACAUUGCAUAAAUUACUAUGUGCAUUAUUAUUAUUAAUUAGGUACGUUAUCUUUUUAGUGAAUGAAUGCCUCUAGUGCCCUCCAUGGGGGUCUGUUAGGGACAUACAGAUACAGUGCAUCACAAAAGUGAGUACACCCCUCGCAUUUCUGCAGAUAUGUAUCUUUUCAUGGCAAAAUGACACUUGACACAAUGAAAAGUAGUAGUAGCCUAUGGUGAAUCAACUUAAUUAGUUGCGCACUCCCCACAGUACACGUUUUUGUUGACGAAUAUUUUCCUGGGCUAAAUUUUGUUCCAUGUAAUCAUAUUUAUUACUUUGGAUAAUUCAAAGGAGCUAUUGAGAAGUAUUUUGGAAUUGGAGGUGGAGUGCCGUCCUCUUCACAAAAUGAUGAUUUCCCCAAAUGUACAAUUCAAGGUAAUGCUUGGCAAUGUUGUGUACAUAGUUAUGAGAUCAAGAAUCAAGAAAGAUGCACAUUAAGUUACAAUUUUAAUACAUUAUACAAAAAUAUGGGCCCCUUGGCAUUAUUUUGCUUAAGGCCCCCAAAUGGCCCUGACUGUAAUUCAGGAAUACCUUUCGCGCAAACUUGUCAAACAUUCAAAUGGAUACUAGUUAAACUUUCUCAAACACUAUAGCAGAGUCUCCAAGGUACUUCCACUUUACUUCCUGCUUUCUGCUCGCGACUUCCGUUUUCACAUUAUUUAACAUUAACAGCAAUGACGCUGGAGUGGCAUCACUCACUAAAAACCCUGAAAAAGACUAUUCGGGAAAAACCGCAUCCUUCUGCCAUCUCGACAUGGGAAGACAACAAAGAAAUAGCCGAGGGUGACCACAAGUAAAAUAAUAACAUAUUUUAUUGACUAUAUGGCAGUAGAUGGAAACCGGAAAAGCUCCGAGGCAUUCCAGUACCUUCACAGGCACAAAGUGUUGGAGGUGUCCUCAUACACGGACAUGGAAAUUUUGUCAUCAUGAAGGCGGAUGUGGAACCAAGUGCCUCAGUGCUCCGUACAACAAAGCAUGGGUGCUUGUAACAAAGACGUCGAAACUGCAGGCUGUACAUGUUUAGCGGGCAUUCGUGUAGUCAUGCUGCCGCUGUGUUAUGGAAGGUACUGUAAUGUUCUCCAAAAAUACGAAACCUAAAAUCUGGCGCAUGAAACAACUUGCUGCCUUUGCUAUUGGUAUUACGAUGAUGAUUGUAAUUAUGAAAUUUAAUAUUUUUUCACUACAACUAAUGCUGCUGCUGUAACUGCUACUACAACAACACAACCAAAGUUUCGGGAUAGGAUGUUCCUCGGUGGGUAUCUUAUCAACCAAGUGAUAAGAACAAAAAUACCAUCUUUUAGGUGGAGCUUUUAAGUUUAGCGAAGCGAUCCACAUUCUUGAAAUACUGUCUGCUGGUUUCUGGUAAGGUGUAUGGUGGAGUACAUCCACGGUGGCGCUUUGUAGCUUGUCAGUGAUAAAAACAUUUCAUUUCAAACCAUACUGUAUAUUUAGCCGCUUCCAGGAGUGCGUACAGCACAGAAAGUCCCGGACUCUUGUUUACGUUGUGCUAAAUUCAUUUUUGGAGCAUCAGUGGGUUCCUUUCAUUUGAUUAUGACUUUGUCAACACAUUGCUAACUGUUGUUGCUAACUAUGUUUUGUCUAAACCGAACGUUCGGAGCAGAAGAUGGCGCUGCCCAUGUUUCGCUCAGGAAACUUGUCUAUACUCUGGGUGCCAUAGACUGUGCUAGACGUCCAAUCCAUUUUGACUGGGAAAGGCUGGCAACGAGUGCUCGGACAUCUAGUGCUGUCAUUAUUAGGGAUGGGAAUCGAAAUCCGAUUCCAAUUCCGAACCGGUUCCUAGUGUUUCGAGGCCUCGACAUCACAAUGAAAAAAGCCUUAACGAUCCCUUUAACGAUUCCUCAAGACGCAUAUUGCGUCGUGACUGUCUUGUUGUUCAGACGCAUCAAACUAGCAUGGCGCCAAGAACCACCCGCUCCAAAGUUUGGCUACACUUCACCAGGAAAGAGGGUGAAAAUGAAAGGUUACGAUGGUUUAGCACGAGCAUUGCAGCCGUAAACAUAACAAUGACAGCACGUAGGUUCAAACGCUCGAAAGUGUGUCUUCACUUCACGAGGAAAAAUUACAACAAAACGACUUGCAGUCAUUGCAAGGUCGAGAUAACUGCAUAGGGGGGGAAGAUGGAGCUAACUGCAUCAGGAGGGAAUAGACUGCACUGUCCUCACCGAGACAACUAUACAGCUAGCUAAACUCCAAAAUAAUGAUACAGAAGAUGUUGGUAUAAUUUGCUGAUUUUAUUCAACCAUCACUUUAAGAGUGAAACUAAAAAUAGAAAUGGAACAAAUCAAUUUCGUCCCCAAUAACAAACAGGUUUGCAUCAACGUAAAUCAGCGAUGAUUAGCUGCUAAUACAGUAAUAACAAAACAGUUAGCAUGUGUUCGCUAGCAUUAGCACAUCGUUCAAACCACUACACAACUGGAUUUAAGUGUCCGAUCGCGAGUGGAAACACACAACAACAACAACACAAAAGAUGAUACAUACAGGUGUUGCCUCGGUAGAUAUUUUACAAACAUUAACAAAGAACGUAGGGUCGUAGCAGUGCUUCCCUCUCUCACUAACUCGCUCACUCGCUUGGAUGCGGCAUUUCUUCUUCUUCGCGUGUAAGCACGCUCUUCUUCACGUGAACGCGUUCAUCUUCGCGUGAGGAAGCGCAAGGGCGCCCCCACUUGAGCGUGAAAGCACCAUAAAAACUAAAAGGCAUGCAUUUCAAUAUACUGGUAAAUAAUACACUAACAGGGGUCCCCGAAAUAUGGCCCGCCUCGACAUUUUGUCCGGCCCCCUGAACAAUACCAGAGAGCAUUUAGAAAAAAAAAAAUUUUCUCAAUAUUGUUUUUUAUUUUCUGGCCUUUUUCUGUAAAGAACUCAGAGAGGGUUAUUUGGUUAUUAUCUAUUUGAUUAAUAGUGUUAUUAUUAUUUAUUAUUAUUAUUAUUAUAUUAUAUUAAUAUUUUUAUUUUAUUUACUUUUGUUCCGUGAAGAACCCAGAAAGGGUUAUUUGAUUGUGCUUUCUGAAAAACAAUAUUUUUUUUUUUACAUUUAGGCACUCCUGCAAUCGUCACACUUUUUCUGUUACAAACUGACCCCAGCCCCUCAUCAGAGAAGGGAAAAGUUAUGUGGCCCUCACAGGAAAAAGUUUGGGGACCCCUGCAAGUUUAACACAUAUUGCCAACGGCAGACCAACGGCCUAUGUGCCAAUAUGUACCAAUAUUUUCUAUUUCCAUUAGAAAAAUGUUUCAGUGAAAUGUUACACAUUCUUGUGCAUUUGCCACUUAUUGCCACAGUUAAAUAUUAAGGCUUUGGGCCUCUUUUGACCUCGUUGUGAGUUUGUAAGGUUGUGACUUCUGAUUAAACAAACUCGAUGCCAAUCAAAA